GUUUCUCCUGUGAUUUCUUUGCUUCGAAUUUCAAACGUUCGUUUCGAAAAUCUUUGCUCAUUGAAGACAGCUGAAACUGUUACCAAUGGAGAUUGGUGCGGGUCUGAUCGGGUCCUGCUCCAAAGAGCACGAAAAGAUCUACCAGGAGUGGUUCAAUUUUGCUGAUUCAGAUAAUGAUGGCAGAAUCACGGGUAAUGAUGCCACCAAGUUCUUUGCCAUGUCAAAUUUAUCCAGACAAGAUCUUAAGCAGGUGUGGGCAAUUGCAGAUUCCAAGAGACAGGGAUAUCUUGGUUUCAAAGACUUCAUCAUUGCUAUGCAGCUAGUUUCUCUGGCACAGGUUGGACGGGAAAUAACAUUUGAUCUCCUCAACAGUGAUGAUGACUUUGAGAAUUUAAAAACUCCUGUAAUGGAUGGUUUGGAUAUUUUACUUGAAAAGAAACGUUCUUUGAAUUCAAGUGAUCCUGAUCUAAGUGGUAGUUUGCCUGUGCAAGCAUCAAUUUCAGCUCAAUGGUUUUCUUCAAAACCAUCGAAAAAGAUACCUUUAUCCUCGGUUACAUCAAUCAUAGAUGGCUUAAAGAGACUUUACAUUGAGAAGCUGAAGCCUUUGGAAGUUACAUACCACUUUAAUGAUUUUGUAUCUCCAUUACUGACAAAUAGUGAUUUUGAUGCUAAACCAAUGGUUAUGCUUUUGGGUCAAUACUCCACUGGGAAAACAACAUUCAUCAAACAUUUGCUAAAAACUAGUUACCCAGGAGCUCACAUUGGACCUGAACCAACGACUGACAGAUUUGUUGUUGUUAUGUCGGGACCUGAUGGAAGAAGUAUUCCAGGGAACACUGUUGCUGUCCAGGCAGACAUGCCAUUCAGUGGCCUCACUUCUUUUGGAACUGCAUUCUUGUCAAAGUUUGAGUGUUCUCAAAUGCCACAUCCUCUUUUGGAGCACAUAACAUUUGUGGACACGCCUGGAGUUUUAUCUGGUGAAAAGCAACGGACGCAGCGAGCCUACGAUUUUACAGGUGUAACAUCUUGGUUUGCUGCCAAAUGUGAUCUUAUUCUACUUCUCUUUGAUCCUCACAAACUUGAUGUUAGUGAUGAGUUCAAGCGUGUAAUUUAUUCUUUACGUGGUCAUGAUGACAAGAUUCGUGUGGUUUUGAACAAGGCUGAUCAAGUUGAUACUCAACAAUUGAUGAGGGUUUAUGGAGCAUUAAUGUGGUCACUUGGAAAAGUUCUUAAUACUCCUGAGGUUGUGCGGGUCUAUAUUGGUUCCUUCAAUGACAAACCUGUGAAUGAAAAUGCUACUGGUCCAAUUGGGAAAGAGCUCUUUCAAAAAGAACAAGAGGACCUUCUUUCUGAUUUAAAGGAUAUUCCUAAGAAGGCUUGUAAUCGUCGAAUAAAUGAGUUUGUUAAGCGAGCCAGAGCUGCCAAGAUACAUGCUUACAUUAUCAGUCAUCUUAGAAAGGAAAUGCCAGCUAUGAUUGGCAAAGCCAAGGCUCAACAAAGGCUCAUCAAUAAUUUGGAGGAUGAAUUUGCUAAGGUCCAAAGGGAGUUCCAUCUGCCUCGCGGGGACUUCCCAAAUGUAGAGCAUUUUAGAGAGGUUUUGAGCGGUUACAACUUGGACAAGUUUGAGAAGCUAAAACCAAAAAUGAUUCAAGCGGUUGAUGACAUGCUGGCUUAUGAUAUCCCCGAAUUAUUAAAGAAUUUUAGGAACCCCUAUGAUUAAACACUGAUUACCAUAAACAGAGAUGACUUGCUGUCAUAUUGGCGAGUCAGGUUCUCUUUUCUUUUCAGUCAUACAUCUGCUGUCUAUUCUUGCCACUGAAGUUGAAGCUUCUUAGUGCUUCAUUUUAGCUCCUUUCAGGGUUUUCUGGUUCAACUAAAUGGGUCUCUUGUGUAGGCUUCAUGGAUUUUAGGACUUCCACAGGAAAGAGUAAUAAUGUUUCCAUUGUCUUGUACACCUACCACAGAAUUCACAUCAGUGCUUUAUUAUUUAAUUUAAUUUUCAGUAUCACAACUGCAAAACAGGAACAAUUAGACACUUGUUUACAGUAACAAUAACCACCGUCUUCUUUG